ACUUCUCACCGAGAUACUUCAGCACCUUACGAAGAGCACAGAUCAGAGACUCAUCAUGGUUGGCAUUCCAGCGACUGGCAACCGGCGGAUCAUGAAACUCGUUACCUUUCUAAGCGAGUCAACUGGGAGCGCGAGACAAUGCCACCACCUCAAUGGAAUGGCGGCUCCAAUGAGAGUUCCAGGCAUAGCUCCAGCCGUUCGUGGCAGCAGCGGCAUCCUUCGGCCUCUACCCAGCCUCAUCACCAACGUCACCACCACUCCUCUCAGCAGCAGUACCCUAAUUCCCACUCACAGCACUAUCAAUACGAGAAACAGCAUCGAGAUUGGCGUCACGACGAUGGAUAUGGGGCGUCUUCGGGUCACAAUCACAGCAAAAAGAAAAAACGCAAACAUAAUCCCAGCAACCACCACCACCAAGGCAAGGCAGGGCACGAUUCGCGGGGGCAUUCCAGUACGCACAGUACGACCUAUGAGCAUGAUUCCCAAGAAGUUUCAUCUAGUCAUCGCUUCCAGAAGAAUGAGCGCACCCGCCUGAAGGAACAGUCCCGACAGCAACAGUAUGACCAUUCUCCAACCCCUUCCCCCUCUCGUUCUACAUCUCGGUCUUCUGGUGCAUCCUCCCGGCAUGACGACUCUCGACAGAGUCGAAGUAUUACCCCUGAGUAUCGAUCAUCUCGUAGACGAGGCACCAAACGCCCCCGUUCUGUCAGUUCCAACCCGUCUAUCGGGAGUCGUCGAUCAAGAGCGAGAUCACCUUAUCGAUCGCGUGCGGAGUCAAGGGAACGGUCUUAUUCUUCUGGUUCCAGUCGGAGUCGCACGAGUAAUCCUAAGAAGCGCACUGUUCACCGUUUACCUGGUGUCAACGAAAAGACCAUCAGUCAGAAACGAUCUCAUAACAUAUCUUCCCUGGGCGCUGACCGCGCGAGCCUUGCUGCUGCUCUUCCUGACGUUGCCCGCUCGAGCCUCGACACCCCUAUCACAUCACAUCUUGUCGUAUCAUCCGCUGAUAAACAUAUCACCCCACUUGCUCCAGCAUCAUUUGGAAGUGUGCGGCCUGGCCAGCCCAUAAGCUCGGUUGAACGAAUCAUUGCAACGACUGAAGCCCCUACUAGCUCAAAUGCAUCAUCAUCUUCCGGCUCACGCUUCAAACCGAUUAACUCGAGCGGACCCAGUUUGCUAAAGAAAUUCUUCCCUAGUGACGAAGAUGAAGAGAUGGAAGACGUAAAGGGUACGAGUCGUACUUCAGGCGGUUGGCAACGUGUGGGACCCUUGGUCACCGCGCCGAGCGAUCGGAGUCACAAUGAGAGUGUUCACAUUUCUGACACGCGUCCUGAACGCCAAAGUCAACAGUCUGCGCCUCCACCUUCAGCACCUUCCAAGCGGGGAUUUGUCCCAGCCACCUCCACCUCCACUACCCCUACGCCUACUUCAAUCAAUCCAUCACAACACUGGCCCGCACCCCAGCCUUCUGUACGGACACCAAUAUGGGAGCCUACAAACUAUGAUGGGCAUCGGGAGAAAGGGGAUUUCGAGGGUCCUCUUCCCGAGCCAACAACUGCAUCCCAAGCCCAUCCCUACGACAGGCGCUCGCCAUCCGCGCCAUCGCAACAGACGAAUACACUGCAGGCCCCUACUUCGUAUUCAUCAAUCCCUCCGUCCCCUCAUGCCCCACUUCAAUCUACCACUGUGCAGGAAGCACCCACUCUCGACAAGCCGCCAAAAGGAAAAGAACUUUACCAGAUUGUUUCCCAAGUUGGCGAAGGGACGUUCGGUAAAGUGUACAAGGCAGAGAAUGUCCUCACCGGGAAAUUCGUUGCUCUAAAGCGCAUACGAAUGGAACAGGAAAAAGAUGGGUUCCCAGUAACCGCUAUGCGAGAAAUCAAGUUACUUCAGUCCUUGAAACACCCGAAUGUCAUCAAUCUGCAUGAAAUGAUGGUAUCGAAAGGCGGCUCAGUAUACAUGGUUUUCGAGUACAUGGACCAUGAUUUAACUGGGAUCCUGUCUCAGCAAAGCUUUCAUUUCACUGAAGCCAAUCUGAAGUCAUUAUGUCAGCAAAUGCUGUCUGGGAUCGCUUACCUCCACCAGAAGGCUGUCAUUCAUCGUGAUAUGAAAGGCUCCAAUAUCCUAAUUAAUAAUCAAGGUGUUCUGAAGAUAGCGGAUUUUGGUUUGGCGAGAUUUUACCAGAAACGGCGACGGGCGGACUACACAAACCGUGUCAUAACCCUCUGGUACCGCCCGCCAGAACUUCUUCUUGGUGCAACGGUGUAUGGGCCCGAGGUCGAUAUGUGGAGCGUUGGAUGCAUUAUGCUAGAGCUCUAUGUGAAGAAACCUAUAUUCCAAGGGGUCGAGGAAAUGUCCCAACUUGACUGUAUCUACCAACUAAUGGGCACUCCUUCUGUUGAGGAAUGGCCGGGAUUUGCAGAUCUCCCUUGGUAUGAGUUGGUCAAGCCAGCUAAGAAGAUCAACAACCGUUUUGGCAUCGCAUUCCAGAAAUACCUAUCGCCAGCGGCAUUGAAUCUGGCGCAGCGUUUGCUUGAGUACGAUCCUGCGAAACGCAUCACAGCUACAGAUGCGCUAGAGCAACCUUUCUUCACUGCUGAAGAGCCCCGAGCAGCACUUCCUGUUGAUCUUGCCAGCCUGGAAGGUGAAUGGCAUGAAUUCGAAUCCAAGAUGGAGCGUGAAAAGAAGAAGAGGAAGCAAAGAAGGGAAUCAGGCGUUGUGAAUGCUGGCGCCCACGAACCACUGGAGUCCGCUUGAGGAAUAUCACCACGACAAGAUCAGCCCCCACCAAGUCUUCAACAGGUACCCAGGUCAAGCAAACCACCAGAUCAUUCAUGCUUCGCAUUUGCA